CCAGGGGUUUGAAAGCUCAGUGAGGCCUGCAGUGACUUCCUCCCGUCACCCUGCCCCUGGUAUCCCUAGAAGUACGACCCGGAGCUGUACCGCAUGGCCAUGCCUUGUCUCUGCGCCAUCGCAGGGGCCCUGCCCCCAGACUAUGUGGAUGCCUCAUACUCCUCCAAGGCCGAGAAAAAGGCCACAGUGGAUGCUGAAGGCAACUUUGAUCCCCGGCCUGUGGAGACCCUCAAUGUGAUCAUCCCGGAGAAGCUUGACUCCUUCAUUAACAAGUUUGCAGAGUACACACACGAGAAGUGGGCCUUCGACAAGAUCCAGAACAACUGGUCCUAUGGAGAGAACAUAGACGAGGAACUGAAGACCCACCCUAUGCUGAGGCCCUACAAGACCUUUUCAGAGAAGGACAAAGAGAUUUACCGUUGGCCCAUCAAGGAGUCCUUGAAAGCCAUGAUUGCCUGGGAAUGGACUAUAGAGAAGGCCAGGGAGGGUGAGGAGGAGAAGACGGAGAAGAAAAAGACACGGAAGAUAUCACAAAGUGCCCAGACCUACGAUCCGCGAGAAGGCUACAACCCCCAGCCCCCGGACCUUAGCAUAGUUACCCUGUCCCGGGAGCUACAGGCCAUGGCAGAACAACUGGCGGAAAAUUAUCAUAACACGUGGGGGCGAAAGAAGAAGCAGGAGCUGGAGGCCAAGGGCGGUGGGACUCACCCCUUGCUGGUCCCCUACGACACGCUCACGGCCAAGGAGAAGGCGCGGGAUCGAGAGAAGGCCCAGGAGCUGCUGAAAUUCCUUCAGAUGAACGGCUACGCGGUCACUAGGCAAGCGGGCUGGGAGCCCCCAGAUCGCUGCAGGGAACGUGGGCGGAACCCGCGGGGCAAAGGCGGGGAGAGGCGGGGCCAGA